AUGGCCCUGAAUAUUUGUAUCGCAUUUUUGGUUUUUAGCUCCGUCUACAGCCAAGAAACUCUAGAGCCAACUCCAUUCCUUGAAAUUCCUGAAGAAGAAGACGUCUGGGUGCUUACUGAUUCAAAUUUUGAAGACGCUCUAAAUCUGCAGCCUAACAUUUUAAUUGAUUUCUAUGCACCCUGGUGCGACCACUGCAAAAAACUAGAUCCUGAAUAUGCUAAAGCUGCAUUAAGACUUAAAGAAAACUCUCCUUCUAUCAGAAUUGCUAAAGUUGAUGCAACCACAAAUAAACUUUUAGCUGAUAAAUACCAAAUAAGAAACUAUCCAACUAUAAAAUACUUUGAAAAUAAAAAGCCAACUGAUUAUGAUGGUGGGAGAACUGAAGAUUUAAUUGUUUCCUGGGUGUUAAAAAAGAAUGGGCAAACUUAUACUGUUAUUAAAGACUAUCUUCAGCUUCAAAAUAGGAUAGAAAAAGCAAAAAUUGUUGUCGUUCUGUUUGCACAGGCUGAUGCUCCUGAAAUAAAGCAUUUUGAUUAUGUCAGCAAACAGAUACAAGGUGUUGAAUUUAUAGUGUCUAUUGACUCAGUUUCCUUAACUAAUUACGAGGUUGAAGAGCCUUCACUUGUCCUUUUUAAACAGUUUGAUGAAAGAAGGGUAAAUUUUUCAGGGAAACUGAAGCAUGCUGAUAUUACAAGAUUUAUUGAAAAAAAUAUGAGGCCGAUUGUAAGCGAGUUCAAUGAUGAUAGCUUAAGACGUAGCUGGGAUAACAAAACCCCAGCCUUUUUUUUACUUUGCAAUCAAAGUGAUUAUGAGCAAUAUAGAGCUGGUUUUUAUGAAGUGGCCAAGAAGUAUAAUAAAACAAUGAUCUUCUUCUAUGCAGACUUAUCAAAUCCGGGCAAUAGCCAAUUAAAAGAGUAUUUAGGAUUGGAACCAGAAGCCCAGCCUGUAUUUUUGAUUGUUGAUCAAUCAGAAGUUGGAAAUAGAUUUAUGAGCAAUGCAAGCCCAACUGAAGAAAACAUGAAAAGCUUUAUCAAGAGAUGGAAAAAGAAAGAAAUUGAGCCUACUCUUAAGUCCCAAGAUCUCCCUGAAAACGAUUACUAUAAAAACCUCAGAGUCCUCGUAGGCAAAAACUUCAACGAUAUAGUCUUUGAUAAAUCCAAAGACGUCUUAGUUUACUUUUACUCCCCUCGUUGCUCUCAUUGCAGAGAAUUUGAGCCUAUAUAUCAAGAAUUAGCCAAGGACUUAAGCCAUAUCCCUACAUUAAUUUUAGCUAAAAUUGACUACACACAAAAUGAAGUUAAAGACCAAACUGUCAGCAGCUUCCCAACUAUAAGAUAUUUCCCAGGAAAAAAGAAAAAAGGCAUUGAUUUUGAAGGAGAAAGGACAAGUGAAAAUCUUUUACAGUUCAUAAAAGACAAAGCAAGCUUUAAAUUCGACGAAAACAGGGCUGAUCUUUAA